AGUAGAAUUGUAUUCAUAAUUGCAAUAAAUCCAUAUGCUUCAAUUUAUGUAAUUGUUCUGGCGCUUAAAGUGAAUUACCUCAACAGUUAUGAAAUUAAGUGGCCUAAAAACAAUUUGGUUUACUUUGGGUAAUGUCAGAAUCAAACAAAAAGUGGAAACUGAAACAAUAUCUAAGUAAAAUCAAUUCUACAAAGUUACCAACGCAUUAUCAUUGUACUGAUAGUGAACGAACAAUGUAAGCACCAAUUCGUUUACAGAGAAUAUUGUAAAUAUUAAAAAUGCGACGAAUUUUCAUAUUCACUCUAUUUUGUUCGGUUUUUGCCGUUGUUCCUGUGAAAAAUGACGACUGUACUUACGAAUUUGAUAUGGAACAUAAUUUAAUCUACGUAUCAUGUUCAAAAAAUGUGUCUCUAACAAUCAAAGAAAAAGAUGGUGCAAUUAGUCUCAUUCAAGACCCGGAUGACCAUUUGUGGUUUGAAGCAGAUGAUAACGGGAAAAAUCAACUUCCGGAUCGUUUUAGUAGUAAAUCUACCAAAAAGUUGAAAGAUGCCGCGAGACUUUUAAAGCGUAUGAAAUCUACCAUAGGAACUCGUAUGGGGACAUUAGAAAAUAUAACGGCGACGUUAGCGUCCGGAGACAGUGACUUAAGGAAUGAUCUUACAAAUAUAAAACAGUAUCCACCGACGUCUACUUUAAUGAGAGAAUCUAUGGUGGCAGCUUUACAGAAUCAGUACACGUACCUCCAACACGCCAUGUUGGCGCUAAAUGCCGAAAUGAAAGAAAUAGUCGAGAUGAUGUCAUCCGUUGCUACAGCAGCGCAAAAAUCAGUCCGUAGUCAGUUAGCUAUGAAUGAUAAAGUUCAAGAGGAUGUUUUACUAAUAUUGGCAAGCUUGGCAAAGGCAAAUGUCACUAAAAUUGAACGCAAAACUGAUUUCUGUCCACAAGAACUGGUAUCAAUCAGAAGCGAUAACAUCGAAAUUCCUGUUGGGAUAGCACAAGGCAGCUUUGCAGUAGACCCGAUACCAGGAGGACAAAUAUGGGUAACCUAUGGUUACAGUGACAUCAACGAAAUCUUCCAAUACAAAUCUUUGGAAUUACUUAAAUAUGACGUCGAAAAAGGAACGCACAAACUCCCGUUCUUUUGCGAAGGAACAGGACAUGUCGUUUAUAAAAACUCGUUAUAUUGUCAUAAGGGAAUGAGUAACAAAAUUGUUAAAUAUAACUUGCUUCAGAAAAAAUGGGAGAAAGAAGUAGCUUUGGACAACGCAGGCGUCCAUAACAAAUACCCAUAUCAGAGUGGAAAAUUUUCAGACAUUGAUUUUGCUGUAGACGAAAAAGGAUUAUGGGUAAUUUACGCUACGACAUAUUCCAACGGAAAUAUAGUUAUAGUAAAACUUAAUGACAACACACUAGAGAUUUUGGAGACGUGGGUAACGAAUAUACCGAAAACAAAAGUUGGAAAUGCAUUUAUGAUUUGCGGAGUAAUGUAUGCAACAGAUUCGUACGAAAAUAUCCCGACUUUUAUCAAAUAUUCAUUCAAUACAAACAACGGCGGUAGCAAGGUUCUAAAGGACAAUGAAAUAAUAUUUCCAAACACUAUUGAUGAUAAAUUUGCUAAGAACUACAUGUUGGACUACAAUCCAAUUCAGAAGAAGCUUUAUGCUUGGAAUCAUGGUCGUGUGGAAGUUUAUUCUGUGUCUUCUAAAUCUUAUUACCCGUUUCAAGUAGGUGCAAACCGCGUUAAACGACGAAAUUCUCGAAAGAAAAGGAAAAGAAAUUGAUUCCCGAAAGAGGUUUACGUUAUUGUAGAUAAUUCUUUGAAAGGAAAACUAUAAACAGUGUAGAACACGAACAAUUGUUUUGCCGAUGGAGUUUUCACGUGUUAGGAAUGUAAUUGGUAUGAAGUUGAUAUUUAUUUAAAGUAAUAGAACGAAAUUGGAAGGAGCACUUCCUUUUAUUGUAGAUGAUAUCAAAUUAUCUUGUUAUUUAUUGUUCCACGAUUCAAUAUAUCAAAAGAAAACGUUUUUGUCCAUCAUUGUUAUUAUAUAUUUCACUCCAAUCAACAAUAGAAAUAUUGCUCGUAGGUCAAACACUUUUAUCAAUAAUUUGUACUAAUCACUUUAUUAGGAGGGUCUGGACGAGACAAAUGGAUCAAACGUACUGAAUACUUGACCAAUAAAUAAAAUAAAAGGGGGGGAUAAAGAAUAAAGAAUAUUGGCGUGAUAAAAUACAAGGGAUAGAGAAUAAGUAAUUGGGUGAUAUAGUGUAAAACAGAGAAUAAUUAGGUAUACAAUAAAAGAAAAGAGAAUAAUGGGCAAAAUUUAUGAAAAUAGCUUACAAAAAGAAUUAAUUGGAGAAUCUCCCUACUCCAUACAGACCCUCAUGUAGUAUAGAUUCAGUAAAGGAUACGGAAUUGGGUUUGGUAAACAUCGUUUAGUGUUCUCGAUUGAAUUCUUUUUUUAUAUAUAUAUUUGUAUAAUAAUGGAUUAUUGUUGCUAGUCAGAUAAGUCUUUUUCAUUUAUUUCCCAGAUGAUAAUUCAUAUUUGUUCAUAUUUCACGCAUUAUUAAUUACUAGUCGAAUUUGUAUAUAUUUAUCUUUUAUUGAUAUU